GUAAAAGGCCCAAGUUUUCCAGCUGGUUGUUUACAAGUUUCUGGUGAUCAGUGUCUGUGACACCAGCACGUUUUUAAACCAGGUUUCAAAAUGGAAGUAGUCAGUAACACCCAGAAGUGUGAAGUACUCCACGAUUUGUGACAGCGCACAUGUGCAGAACGCAUGACUGCAGGGUUUGUUUUGCUCAUGGACGGGCAAAUAACAAAAACAAUGGCAGAUCGUCUUGUGCAACUUAAACUGUUCAGUUUAAGUCAGUUUCUCAUAAGAAAUGUAUAUGUGCUACAUGAACACUUGGUUCAUCGUUGACGAGUACAAGUUCCUACAUGAGGUGGAAUAUAUGGGUCAAAAGCUUGGGCGCAUUUCAAACAACAAGCUAAAAUCACAGCACCACAUAGUGGCCUGGCAUGAAAACUACAGGUCUGUGUGAAACUAAACAUCUGAAAACCACAUGACCAUGUGUCAACAGUUUGACGUCAGUCCAACCGCGCUGGACCCUAUACGCCCACACACACGUUGCCAUGCUAUAAGGCAACAUGGAGUUUUCCCGUCCUUAUUGGAUGGAAAUUGUGGCAUCCAAAGAUAGGUUGGCAAGUAAGACAUAAAAGCUUGUGCACAGAGACCAUCGUGCCGCAGAGCAACCUGCACUGACAUGUUGUCUCAUUGCACAGAGACUCACAUUGCUGUAAGCAGCUAGCACAGCAUGUAAGGGUUGAUCAGCAGUAUCAGGUAUCAGAAAAGCCACUCUUUGUUUACAUGUAUGUAAUUUAACCUUUUAUUAAAUGCACUUUAAAUGUUUGCCUCACUUUUAAUGUAACCUGAAUUCAGUUUUAGGUCUUCAUGGAAAACAGGACAGGUGUUGUGACUGUCUUACAGCAUCCAUGCUAUGAGAUAAAUCAGUUUAGCUACAAACUAACCGCGACUCCUUCUGUUGUAUGUAUAAUGGUGUAUGCGUUUCUGACACUUCUGUCUCUUGUGACUAUAUGUGGAAACCUCCUUGUAGUAACAUCAAUAAUUUACUUCAAGCAGCUUCACACACCCACCAACACUCUCAUUCUGUCUCUGGCUGUGGCCGACCUGCUGGUUGGGAUUUUAGUAUUUCCUCUCAGCAUGGCCUUCUCUCUCAGUUCAUGUACCUAUAAUGAGAGUUUAUUUUGUAAGGUACGUGACAGCUUUGAUAUAUUGUUUAGUACAUGCUCUAUUAUGCACCUGUGUUGUAUUUCAGUUGACAGGUACUAUGCUGUGUGUCAGCCUCUCACAUAUAGAUCUAAAAUCAGCCGUCAUGUUGUUGCCAUCAUGAUCACAGUGAGCUGGGGUGUUUCUGCUCUCGUUAGCAUCGGAGUGAUAAUUCCCAGACUGUCCCCUUACGCAUGUGCUGACAUGUGUUUUCUGGAUGUAAUGACGGCAAACAUUAUUGGACCUAUAUUAUCAUUUUACUUUCCAGUGGUCAUAAUGCUUUGCAUCUACCUGAAGAUUUUCCUUGUUGCACAGAGACAGGCACGAAGCAUCCAAAGCAUAAAGUUCGGAGCAACAGCCAGUAAGAUGGAGAGAAAAGCCACCAAAACUCUGGCGAUUGUUCUGGGAGUUUUUCUAUUUUGUUGGUCUCCUUUCUUCCUUUGCAUUUUAUUUUCUAUCCCGGUUUCUGUGAUUGAAACCGUUAACUGGCUUGCUCUGUCAAACUCUACACUGAACCCGUUUAUCUACGCUUUCUUUUAUACCUGGUUCAGGUCAGCUUUUAAAAUGGUUGUUACUGGCAAAAUAUUCCUUGGUGACUAUUGUAGCUUCAAAUUACACUGAGCUGUUUUGUUGAGGUAUAUAAUGAUAAAAGGAACCAGCAUGAAGACACGUAAAUGCUGACACUAUCAAAUUACAUACUACUUAAUGUGUGUCACACAUCACAUGUGUCGUAGGCAGGAUAGAACCCAGAAACACGACAGAUCAGCGUGUUCUUCUAUCCCAGCUCCACCUCAUCCCUGCUGAAGAUGAUCAGGUUGGAGGGAGGAUCUGUUUAUAAUAGAAGCAAAUUAGUCGAUACCCUUCCAGCUCAUUCAAACAAAACUUUUCUCUCCUAAAACGAGAUUCAGGUAAAAGUAACUGUCCAAUAGGCAUUCUGCAUAUCAUAAACUUAAAUAAAUAAAUAAAUAAAUACUUCUAAGGUUGGUUAUCUGUUGUUUAUGUUGCAAAGAUAUAGUUUGGAUAGAUUUCUUGGGAUUUACAAAGAAACUUUAAAUCUGCGCAAUAAAGUUGUGUUUGGAACUAGGAGUUACCUUGGAUAGAAUCAAAGACACUUUCAAGUUUUUCCUCAGUCAUUCAGUCUAAUUAAAAGAAACAGCUGGGUAACCUGGUGUCGUUAUGCCCACCACACUAUGGAGUAUGGAUUUGAAAAAGCAAACGCUGGAGUUGUCUACAGCUACUUAUUGUCGACUUUAGGAGGUAUAAACCAGACAUUCAGCCCAUCGUUAUUAAAGGGGAAGGAGUGGGGAUGGUACCACAUCUAUGGUACCAGGUCACCUACAUCAGUGAAGACCUGACCUGGAACUCCAACUCCACUUUAGUCCUGAAGAAGACACAACAGAGACUGUUUUCCCGAGGAUUCUCAGGAAGAACAACCUGAGAACUGAGCUUUUGCUGUCCUUCUGUCGCUGCCCUUUUUAGGCCUGUCAUGAUAAAAACAUUUGCUGGACAAUAAAUUGUUCCAAAUUACUGAGUUUGUUUUAAUUUAUCAUGCGAUUAAUUGAUUUAUUGAUUAUUGUGACAGGCCUACGCACUCUCACUGGUAUAUCCCAGAGCAGUAGUAACUGUGUCAGUUCUUGGUGACCAACUUUAAAUUGCAAUUAUCUUUUUCUUUUUUUUGGUCUGUUUGUAGUAGUUCUGACCUAAAAAUAAAGAAAAAAAAAAUACAGAAACAAAUUUCAGAACAUUUUUGAUAACUAAAUGAAGCUCAUAAUUAAAAUUAUCAUUUGAGAAUAAAUCAAAACAUAUUUUUAGGGAGAGUUGAGAAACUACAAUACAAAAGUACAAUACAAGUUUCAAUCUUAUGCCGCUAUCGAACUGGCUUUGAUACAUAAUCAGAAUCACAAGGCCUUUUUAUUGCUACUGUACAGAAGCUCAAUAAGCCAUAAAGAAUAUAUGUCAGAAUGUGUGUACUAAGCAUUAGACAUCUGUCUCUGAUUCGUGGUGGAAGCUUAUCAGUGGCCUUGGGUAGAGUCCAGCACAGCUCUACAGAUGUCCAGACAAAUAAUGCUCAGUUGACAAUUGCGGCUUUUUGUCACAUGAAGAUGUGUCACUCUAUAGCUGUUAAAUCUGAUUCCCACAAAAAUAUGAAAGAAAAUGUUGGAUCUCCGUUUCACAUCAACAGUUGAAAUAAAAGCAAAGUUUUUCUUUUACUGUCGGCGUGAGUUUUCCAUGUGAGGGUUACAGUGUAGAGAGGUGAGGGUUGGGUGGAGGGGUGCAGAAUUUGUUUUGGUGAAGGAGAGUGGGUUUGGGAGGUUUGGGACCACUGCAUUAGACACUGAGGCCACUCAAG